AACUUGCUCUGUAGACCAGACUGGCCUCAAACUCAGAGAUUUGCCUGUUUCUGCCUCCUCAGUGCUGGGAUAAAUAGCAGAAUGUUCUCCUAACUAUAUAUAAAGAAUGAAGAUAUUUUGCAUAGUGCUGAAUGCAAGAAAAUAAAGAUCUAUCUUUAUAUUUCCCCCAUGUGACUUUGUGAAAAAAAUUCUUUACACAAAUAUAGAGACGAGUCAUUUGUCUCUCAGAACUAAUUACCUAGCAAUUUGUUGAUGGUUAUGGCAAAUUGUUUUCAGUAAAAACAUAGAUUGGAUCAAUAACAGUAUUUUAGACACAUAAACUCUCUUCUUAGUUUAGCUUUUAUAAAUGUUGCUGUUUCCAUGUGGAUUAAUAAAUAUGUUUGUUUAAUACUAUAGCAUUUUGUCCAUGUUCUAUGUCACUUUCUAUUAUUUAAAUCAACCUUAAAUUUCACCCAAAUCUCCAAAAUAUUCUAUGAAAUAAAAUAUAAUGACAUGUCUUCAAUUCUUCAUUUCUCCAAGAAGCAUAAAGCACAAAGCUAGAAGGGCUACAUUAAAACGACAAGAUACAGAAAGAAGAUAACAGGAAGAGAAAGUGGACAAAAGAACAAGGUAUCCUGAUCACCUUCACAGGGAACUGGGGAUCUUUCUAUGUAGAAAAGUAUUUUAAGUAUUGUAGACAUUAUUUCUAGAAAAUUGAACCAAAUAAAAAUGGAAGAGAAGAUGACCAUUGUAGGUUUUGAAGUACUCUGGAUUUCAAAACUUGUACGAACAACGAGAGUCUUCUACAUAACAACGAAAACUAAGAAAGUAGACACCUCAAGUUUUCUAUUCUAGAACUGUUCAAUAAAGGGUUUUCUGUGGUGAUUCAAAUAAUGAAUGGAGUGUUCCAAUGGCAAAAUUUAUUAAAUAAAAGCAUUUGGUGGUCACCGUGUAGGAGUUUCUAACAAGUUCUCUUUCGUAUAAAAAUAAAUGGACUGAUGUCAAUUCUUUCCUUAUAAGUAAAAUACUGAUGUAACCUGCUCCGCCUCCGUGCCACGGGCUACUGAUUAGUCACACACAUUUGGAGCAAUACUUUGCACUGUCCACUGUCUUCUGAGAGCACAUAAAAAGAGAGUCUUCUAAGUUAGAGGAGUGAAUGAGGAUGAGUUCCAAAGCUCAGAAAAUGGAAUUAAAUGAUGGUCACUCCAUUCCUGUACUGGGUUUUGGCACCUUUGUGACUGAAGAGGUAACAGGGCUGGUGUUGGGCUGGUGAGGACUGGAAUGAAUACAAAUCUAAAAGAAUGGAAGUUACCAAUUCUUGUGCAAUUCUGGAGGGUUCCUGGUCCACUGCUUCACUAGGUUAGAGCUAUGCCUUGUAAGACGAGAGAGGCAGACUGUGUGUCCAGAGUUUGAUCAUGCGAUCAUUCACUAUUCUGGUCUGAAUACCAAAGAUUUUCCUUCUGUUUUGAUCUGUUUCCCAGAAAAGAAGAAAAAUUAAAACUUACUUAUUAACCCUAUCUAAUAAUAUAUAUAAUAGUCAUUAUAUUUGUUUACCAUUGAAAUGUGUUUAUUUAAUCCAUUCAUGCAUUUUAUGUGUAAUUACUUGAUUUUUGUUCUUAACUGAGUUUGAUAUAAAUUCUAGAUAUUAGUCUUUAUGAAAUAAUUGAUUGACAUUUUUUCCUCUUCCGUAGAUUGCCUUCUUUUCAUUGUUGGCUGUUUCCACUAUUAUGCAAGCGAUUGUUAACUUAGUAUUCUGUCACUUGUGUACUUUUGCUAUUUUGUUCUGUGCUUUGGAAGACAAAGACAAAAAUUGCCUAAGCAAUGUUUUAAAGAGAUUCCUUCAUGUUUUUGAUAGUAGUCUUAUCAUCUCAGUUCUGAUAUUAAUGUCUUUGUUUGCUUUGAUUAAUGUUAAUAUUAGGUAGCAGAUUUCAGUCACAUUUCCAUCCUCUGUGUGGGGAUAUUCAAUGUUCCUAGUGUCAUUGGUUGAAAACCCUGUGUUUUUUCUUAUUCUUAUUUAGGACCUUGGUUGAGAAUCAUUUGAAGAAUAAAUUCACUUCUAUGAAGUCUAAUCCAUCCCAUUCAUCUAUAUGUUAAUUUUUAUGUCAGUGCCACAGUUUGUUUUAGUUUCCUACAAAACUCCUAAAAGUAGCUAUCACUUUUCUGGAUAUGCAUAUAUCAUUGUUCUCUUUCAGAUCUAUGGCUUUUUAAUUUUUUCCCUUUUGUUAAGAAUCUAAUCUCAUACAAUAUAUCUUAUUACCUUCCCUGAUGACAGUUGAGAGAUUAAUCUAAUUAAUCUAUAGAUAUAAGGAUAAGUCAUUAGUAGCUACAUCUGUUUAAGUUUUUCUCUUAAGUGGCCUAUAACUGGUCUGAUCACAAAUUCAUGAUCAGGAUACCAGGUUUGGGAUUUGGCUUGUGGGCCAGGGAUUAAAGUAAAAAAGCAGCUAGUCUCAUAAUAUUAUGACACAACCACUAUGUAGCAAUGUGUGUAUCUUCCUAAGUCGUUAUUGAAGCUUGCAGGGUUUGCAUAUAUAUAAAAUGAUGAUUACUUUUCUCCUUCAGUAGUGAUGUUUAAUUCUUGAUUUAAUAAUUAAAAUACUUACCUUUAGAUUUCUAUGAGAUUACAAGGUUAAGAAGAGUCAUAUAUAUCCAACUGAUGAGUUCCCAUGUUUGGUUUCUGAAGUGCUUGAUAAAACAUGGAAGUAUUUUUCAUACUAGUUUCAUGGUUUUCCUCUCUCCCAUCCAGGGCUGCCAUAGUCACAUAGGUGUCUGUAGGAGCUCCCAAAGUCAUGAUACACAUUCAGAAGAUCUCUUGCUACUCCCCUCUGAGGCUUUUCCUUCAGGACAGCCAUUAUCUGCUUAACUUUUCCUUUUUAAGAAACAUUAUGAUUAUUAUUUGCGUGGAAAAACCUUUAACACUGUUUCGUAAAAGAAUGUUUACAGUUAUUCUAUUCCUCUUAUCUUCAAAGUUAAAGCAUUUAAUUAGUGAAUAAUAAAUAAACAAGUCUAGUUCACCAUUUUUAAUCCCAUUUGGUAGACAAGACAAUAAUUUAAAUUUUGCUUUAUUUAUAAUUUUCUUAAAAUUAUGAAUUUUGUUGUAAAAUCUGACAACUACUUGAAUUUUUCCUUUGUGUUUGAUCUGGAUAGAUUCUUUGUAUAAAUCUAUGUCUUUUGAGGAUUCAUCUUCAUUGUGCAUAUUUAUUUGUGAUGUGUAUAUUAUUUAACUGCUUAGAAGUUUAACAUAGCAUUUUAGUCACUAUUUUCAGAUUAGACUCAGCUAAUAGCUGGGAACUUAGAUCUCUUACCAAUGUUGUCAUUGAAUUAGGAAAGACCCAGUAAAAUGUGGAUGGAUCCAUCACUCCAAGCAGAACUAAAUAGAAACAUGAGGGGAAAUUGUUUGUUAUAAAAGCCACUGCUUAGACAUUGAACUACUGCUGCUCCAGGGCAGUCUUUAGGAAUUGGCACCAUGGCUGAAGACAUCAAGACCAAAAUCAAGAACUACAAAACUGCCCCCUUUGACAGCCACUUCCCAAACCAGAACCAGACCAGGAACUGCUGGCAGAACUAUCUGGACUUCCACCGCUGCGAGAAGGCAAUGACCGCAAAGGGGGGUGAUGUCUCCGUGUGUGAGUGGUACCGACGUGUAUACAAGUCCCUCUGCCCCGUAUCAUGGGUCUCAGCCUGGGAUGACCGCAGAGCAGAAGGCACAUUUCCUGGGAAGAUCUGACCUGGCUCCACCCACCUCUCCUCUAUUCG